AUGGUUUCAAUGAAUUUAAAAACACGACGAGCGAACAAUCAGUCAAAUGAGAGAUCCCAUUGGGAGACGUAUAAUAAUACAAACACAAAACAAUUAGAUGAUGAAAACAAGUUGGAUACUCACUAUGAUCUGAAUUCAACACUGGACGCAUACGCAGAUUCAUACCGUGAAGCUGUGGAUUAUAAAUUUCGCAUGACUGAAAUUCAGACAUUCAAAGAUCACUGGAAUUUCAAAACAAUAAUAAAACCUGAAAUCCUGAGACUUGAACACUUAUAUCAAAGUAAAUGGGCAAAGGAAUUUCUCGAAUCAAUCGGUGCAGAAAAUAAGAAGCUGGUGAAUUUUUCUACUGAUGAAUACAGAAAGGCAUUGGAAGAAGAUACCUCUUUUAAUUACACAGUUCUUGCUAAUAAAGGAUUAUACAAUCAGACAAAAACGCAUAUUUCAAAGAAAUGGGAAAAUCGAAAAUAUCUCGAUAUUGCAGAAGGUAAACAUUUUGCCGAGACAUCAGGCAAUUCGGAGAAAGAUGAAAUUCAAAUUGAAAUGAUAAAGAAGGAAUUUAUGGAAGCAAAGGAAGCAGUGAAAACAUCCAAAGGAAGAUGCCAAGCAGUAUUACUGAACUGCAGGGAAGUGAAUUGA